ACGUACAUUGACCAUGUCGGAUUUAUUAACGAAAAUUAUGGGACAUAAUGGAAAAUGGCAGUUGAGGGCAGUUUUUAUAAUUUAUUUGUGUAAAAUACCUUCAGCUUGGUUCAUGGCCUGCCUAAUUUUUACUGCACCUGUUCCAAAGCAUGGCGAGUUUUUCUGCAAACCUCCCAUACCAAAGCUGUUAAAUAGCUCUGAGUGGCUAAAAAUUUCACACCCUGUUAAGGAAGAACUGAACGAUGAAGAAUUUUCUAUUGAUUUCUGUAAUGUAUUUGAAGAUGCUAUAGAUCACAGUAUACAGUAUUUCAAAGAUCCCGAAGUGAAGCCUUGGAUACAACCGAACAACAACAGUAGAAUUAUACCUUGUGAACAGUUUGAACACAAUUCGCAAUACAACUCUAUAAUAACUCAGUUUGAUUUGGUUUGUUCCAGGGACAUAUUAGUUGCUGUAACGCAGUUUUUCCACCUGUUUGGGGUGCUUCUUGGAGGUAUUAUUACUACAAAAAUACUUAAAACUAUGAGUCCUCGAAACAUCAUGUUGCUGGGGAUGUAUUCCCAAAUCAUGUGUGGAUGUUUAACCGGAUUGGUGAAUAUUUUCGAAUUACACAUGUUUUUCAGGUGUUUAAGUGCAGUUUGUUGUAGUCUAAUGUACACCGCAGGAGGAGUUAUAAUCAGUGACAUAACAUGCGGAAGAUUUAAAACAGCAUCCCUUUGUUUAUUCGAGCAAUUUUGGUCCAUUGGAGUUAUGUUUCUUCCAGUAGUUGCUGGGUUUUGGACCAGUUGGUCUUAUCUGUAUUUAGCUAUUUCCUUACCAACAUUUGUUUUAAUUUUCUUGCACAGAUGGAUUCCUGAUUCUCCAAGGUGGUUAUUGCAGCAAGGAAGAAUCCGAGAAGCUAAAGUCGUUUUAGAAGAAUCGAUCAAACUAAAUAGAAGCUUGCAUCAAAUUCCCUACAAUUUUUCGGAGCAGCUUAACCAAAUUGCAGAAAAUAUGAAAUCAGAGCCUCGCCCAGAUCCUUGGUGGACGAUAUGGGAAAAUCGAGGUUCCAGAAAAAAUCUUGUUUUAGUGCAUCUAGCGUGGUCAUUAUUUAUUGUAGUAUAUUAUGGAAUGUUACUGAAUGUGAGGUCGUUUGGACGAGAUUAUCUUAAAAAUAAUACAGCCCUAGCAGGUGCAUCAGAGAUCAUCGGUACUUUCAUAGGAUUCUGUUUAAUUAUGUAUACUACGAAGAAAUGGUUUUGGGCGGGUCUAUUCAACGUAGUAGGCGGUCUAGUAACUUAUCUUGCUUGGGUUAUACCACCUGAAGUGAUGGGAGUUCGACGUACGGCUCUCUUAAUGCUGACAGCAAUGGUUGCGAAAACAAGUAUAUCGUGCUGCUUAUCUAUAUUGAAUGUAUGCACCACAGAAUUGGUCACCGAAAAUAAAAAAAGAGGUGCAGCCUACUCCACUAUAGUAUGGGCUAGGAUUUGGCUUUUGGGUGCUCCUUUCAUCGGCGCAACAAUAAUAUUCGGUCAGUUGGUUCCACAAACUUUAUUCGGGUCACUAACGCUUAUUGGAGGUAUCAUCGUAACAGGGAUUCACAGUUCACGAACUCAUGCAAGCAUGAAACAGAGUGCUAUACAACCGGAAAAAGUUUUAACUCCAAUUGAAUGGCAAACGGAACUCUCUAGAAUUUAAAUAAUAUGAAAUUGAGA